AUGGGAGGGUUUUCUAGAUGCAACAGACAAGAGUGUGAAAGCACAAAUGAACUGAUGACACUGUUGACUACCGCAGAAAGCAAGAUUGCAGGAUUCCUGCAAACAGCUCCAGUUGCCAAAAGUGUUGUGAAAGGAAAAAGACAGAAAACAGUUGAAAAGCCAGGUACAAGAAGAACAUCAAGGUCAUCAAAUUCAGCAAGUCAAGCAGAAGAUAAUACCCCAAGAACCAUCAUUCAGAAUUUCUUACGGGAAGCUUUAGCAGAAUCCCCAGAAAAGCCAGUGAUUUCAACUUCAUCCGAUGUAGAAGAUGAACCUGUAACACAACAGUCAGAUGAGGAAAACCACUUAUCUCUUGUCACCAGCGUUGUUGCUGAUGAUGCAAGAACUGUAGUAGAUGAGCAAUCGGUUGCCAUGACAACUUCACAUGAAACAGGUCAUGUCACCCUGAUGGAAGCAGCUACUCCAGUGCUCCUAGACUCUUAUGGACAAGAUGAAGGUGUUGCACAAAAUACAAGUGAGCAGGAAACGCAAGAUGAAGUUGAACGUUUGCAAUCCACAGCAACAGACCAAACUCUGGAAACAGACACACAGACAUCUCGUCAGUGGAGAGACCUUGUUACUCCUCAGCUGCCCCUUGAUAUGUCUUCAGCAGGACAGAUGUCCAGAUCCACUGGAGAAAGAUCUGUUGGUGAAAGACCAUUCUUUGGAGGAAAGCCUCCUACAGGAAAGGCUGCAGCAAGGGGUUCAAAGAAGCCAUCUGGACCAAGAAUGCCAUCUGCUCUGGUGAAGAGUAUUUUCCAGCAUUUCUCCAAAGCAAAGCUGUCUAAAGAAGCUCUUCAAGUUGUUGAAAAUGGGUCAAACCUGUUUUUUAAACAAGUGUCUGGUGACUUAAUGGCCUACUGUCGGCACGCUCAUAGAACAACUAUUGAACUUGCUGAUGUGGAACUCCUCAUGAAAAGGCAAGGCUUCAUAACAGACAAUCAGUCACUGUACUCACUAGUUGAAAAGUAUCUUCCACUGGAAUACAGACAAGAAAUCAUACCAACAGUACAAGCUGGGAACAAGAUAGUUCUAAAAUAAAACUUAAUGUAGGCUUAAACUGUGGCCUUGCACCCGAAACAUGGAAGCACACAAUACAAAGAAUGAACUUGCGUACGUGGCAAUCCGGCAUAAAAUACCGUAUGUGAGAAAUCCAAAGAAACGUAUACCGUAGUUCAAGAGUUGACAAUAUUAUACUUGGAGAAAAGAAGAGCUGAAGCUCACCCUAGCUUUCUGGCAAUUCACAAACAGUAGAUAAUAUUCUAAUUCUCUUGGCAGGACUCAUUAUGGGACUAUUAAAAUGUGGAGGAAAGUUGUCAAAUUCAGUUGACAAUAUUUUUUUAACAUAUGCCUCCUCAUACCCUUCCUUUGCAUUUUACAUAAUUAUGUAGUUCCAGAUCUGCAUAGGCAUAUGAUCUGGGGGGGGGGGGG